GAUUCGUCGACUUUUGACGCAUGCGUAGUAAACGCAGCUGUAGUAUAUCAUCUGUUGAAUGUGACUCGGAGUAGUCAGUCAGCCAUAACAUCGGAACGGGACAACUCGUCCGCACAUAUUUAAUUUAAUUUUUUCCGUGUUUUCUGUUAAAAAACCCGCGAAUCUUAAAAACAAAAUGGCCGCUGUUAAUGGAAAGGAUUCAGACCCGGUUGUGCCGCCUUCCUCUUUGAUUAGACGCGUUAGUUCGCGUUCAGUUAGGAAUUCCAUUUCGGAGGAGAAAGAGAAUGGCGAUGGGCCAGUUAAGGGCUCAUUCGUCAGUAAAUACAAGAAGGCUCCUGAAGCCCUUAAAAGCUUCCACUUAACUGAUGCUGAGAGCGAGCUGGAGGUCCCCGGAACGCCAAUGACUCCCAGAACUUCGACAACACCUGGCCACGAGAACUGCACCUUCCACCAUGACCUGGAGCUGGACCACAGGCCGCCCACCAGGGAGGCACUCCUCCCCGACAUGGCCAACUCUUACAGACUUUUGCUCACAGGUCUUGGUGAGGACCCCGAGAGAGAGGGUCUGCUGAAGACUCCAGAGCGUGCUGCCAAAGCUAUGCUCUUCUUCACCAAGGGUUACGACCAGAGCCUUGAAGAGGUCCUAAACAAUGCCAUAUUUGACGAGGAUACUGAUGAGAUGGUGGUUGUGAAGGACAUUGAGAUGUUCUCCAUGUGUGAGCAUCAUUUGGUGCCCUUCUACGGAAAGGUGUCCAUUGGAUACCUGCCCCAGGGCAAGAUCCUCGGAUUGAGCAAGCUGGCUAGGAUCGUGGAGAUCUUCUCCCGUCGUCUCCAAGUCCAGGAGCGCCUGACCAAACAGAUCGCUAUUGCUGUGACCCAGGCAGUCCGCCCAGCUGGAGUCGCCGUUGUCAUCGAAGGAGUACACAUGUGCAUGGUGAUGCGAGGUGUGCAGAAGAUCAACAGUAAGACUGUCACAUCCACGAUGCUGGGAGUGUUCCGCGAUGAUCCCAAGACGAGGGAGGAGUUCCUUAACCUCGUGCACUCCAAGUGAGAAAGCGAGUCCAUACCUCUCAAGUUGUCACGUCCAUAAUAUUUUUUGCUACCUCAUAUUUUCUUAAAAAUCUUUAAAAAAAUUUUAGAACACCCUCUAUGACACUUCUAUGACCUUUCCCAACAUUAUUUCUUUUUUUAGUUUUACUUUCUCAUUUUUUAGUUUAAAUUUAAUUGUGAAAUAUUUUUAUUAAAUUUAUGCCAAAAAAUAUUACGGACGUUCAACUCCAACGCGCGGUUAUUUAAUAAGUUAAUAGUUAAGUUAUUAUUGCUUUCUAUUGCUCUAUUUUUAGUAAUUUAUAAUUACUAAAGAACAAUUUUUAUUCGUUAAACAACAAAUGUUGCAGCUUAUUCUUUGUUCCUUUUUAUCAUUAUUUAAUUUAAAUUUCUUUUGCAAUAUAAAAAUGAUAAUUAACAAUAAAACUACAGACAAAAACAGUAUUUAUUACAACAAGAAAUAGGUAUUAAUUUCUCGAAAUAGACAAAUAAAAUACUGCCUUAGUUUAAAUAAUAUAAUGUUAUAUUAUUUUGCUAUUUCACUUUUUAUUUUUAAUUAUUUUAUUAAUUAAUUAAAUAGCACAAAAUAUUUCAUUUGAAAUAUAGGUACAUGACAAUAAAAAAAUGACAAAAGAAUAUUUAUUAAUUUAAAUUAAAUAUUUUAAUGGGGAAUGUGGUAACUAAAUAUAUUGCCCAAACUUAUCACAUUUUCCAUAUUAAAAUUAUAUUUUAUUAAGAGAAUUAGUACAAAAAUAUUAUCUAUAUACUUAAUAUAUAAAAUGAAGAGGUUGUUUGUUUGUUUGGACGCAUUUAUCUCUAGAACUGCUGGUCCGAUUUGAAUAAUUCUUUUUGUGUUCAAAAAUUAUGUAAAUACGUAAAUAACUUACGUCUUUGUCUGUUGAUUCUGAUUAAAUUUGAUAUAGUGUACAAUCACUGUAUUUGCCAAAGGAUAUUUACUUAAAAAUCCCGAAUUCUCAUUAUACCACGCGGACGAAGUCGCGGGCCAAAGCUAGUUAUAAUAUAAAAUUGUUAAACUUUUAUUGGACCAAUUAGUUUAAUUUUUUAAACAAAAAUCUCAAGCAUAAAAUGGCUGAUGUUUGACAUUUUUGUGACAAUUUUUUUAUGUUUAUUUUUUUAGUAAUAUAUAAUUAUGAAAAAAUGCUAAGAGCCGAUGGUGUUGCCUUAUACAUAAAAUAUUGUGAAUGUUCGAAUUUUUGAUAUGUUUUAACUAUAUCAUAAUUUUAUAAAUAAAUGUUUUUUAUUUUAAGUUAA